GCAAGAUACGGAAAAAGCAGUACUUGUAGAUACAAAACGGGUACCAAGCACAGCGCAUACGCUCACAGUGCAACCGAGCACCGAUUACGAGAAAUCACCGCUGUUCGGCAAUAUUCAUUAUAAAUUGGAUUAUGAUUUCGGAAGCAAUAAAUUGGCUGUUACAAUAUUCGAAUGCAGACAGUUGCCAGCUAUGGAUCGUAAUGGAAUGUCAGAUCCCUAUGUAAAAUUUACUGAGCUUCAAUGCAUGACGCUUCAGUUGAUUGUCUACGAUUUCGAUCGGCUAAGGAAGGAUGAUCGCAUCGGGCAGUUGUCAAUACCGCUGGAACGGGUCGAUUUUGGCACGACCGUAGAAGUGUGGUCGCAACUGAGUCCACCAGAAGAGGGAGCCGAUUCAGAAUCACGACUUGGUGACGUUUGUUUUUCGUUACGAUAUCGGCCAGCUACAGCAACCCUCACAGUAGCUAUCAUGGAAGCUAGAAAUCUCAAAAAAAUGGAUGUUACGGGAUCAUCCGGUUAGUG